UUUAAUCCGGAAGUGACGCGUAUGCGCCGUCCCUAAAGCUAGCGAAGGAAACAGACUGGGGAGUAAACAAGGCUUCAGUGUCUGCCUCUGUCGCUGCCUCCAUCUUUAAAAGUGCUGCCGCGCAACUCACCCAUCUACAGGGAGCGAGAUGGGGGCUGUUCUGGGCCUUUGCUCCAUGGCCAGCUGGAUACCGUGUUUAUGUGGCAGUGCCCCAUGUCUGCUGUGCCGAUGUUGCCCCAGUGGUAAUAAUUCCACUAUAACGAGGGUGAUAUAUGCACUCUUCCUGCUGCUUGGAGUGAGUGUAGCAUGUGUGAUGCUUAUACCAGGAAUGGAAGAACAGCUGAAGAAGAUUCCAGGAUUCUGUGAUGAAGGCCAUGUGAAUUGUGAUGUUCUAGUAGGGUACAAAGCAGUGUAUCGAGUAUGCUUUGGUAUGGCAAUGUUUUUCCUCCUGUUCUCCUUAUUGAUGAUCAAAGUGAAGAGCAGCAGUGAUCCAAGGGCAGCAGUACAUAAUGGAUUCUGGUUCUUUAAAUUUGCCACAGCCGUUGCAAUUACAGUUGGUGCAUUUUUCAUUCCGGAGGGACCAUUUACAACUGUUUGGUUUUAUGUAGGCAUGGCUGGUGCUUUCUGCUUCAUUCUUAUCCAGCUGGUUUUACUAAUUGAUUUUGCCCACUCCUGGAAUGAAUCCUGGGUUGAAAAAAUGGAGGAAGGAAACUCAAGAUGCUGGUAUGCAGCUUUGUUAUCUGCCACAGCCCUGAACUACCUUCUGUCCUUGGUGGCAAUUGUCCUGUUUUAUGUUUAUUAUACUCGCCCAGAUGGCUGUUCUGAAAAUAAGGCAUUCAUCAGUGUCAAUAUGUUGCUGUGUGUAGGAGCAUCUGUCAUGUCCAUUCUGCCUAAAAUCCAGGAGUCGCAACCAAGAUCUGGGUUGUUGCAGUCAUCUGUGAUCACAGUUUACACAAUGUAUCUAACCUGGGCAGCAAUGACCAAUGAGCCAGACAGACAAUGCAAUCCAAGCUUGCUGAGCAUAAUUGGCUAUAAUGCCACAAAAACGCCAAGCCAGGGCCAAUUUGUCCAUUGGUGGGAUGCCCAAGGAAUUGUGGGGCUCAUUCUGUUCUUGCUGUGUGUGCUGUAUUCCAGCAUCCGGACAUCCAAUAACAGCCAAGUAAAUAAACUGACGCUGACUAGUGAUGAAUCAACACUGAUAGAAGAUGGGCUUCCCAGGAGUGAUGGCUCCCUUGAUGAUGGAGACGAUUUCCACCGUGCCAUUGAUAAUGAGAGAGAUGGAGUUACUUACAGUUAUUCAUUCUUUCACUUCAUGCUUUUUCUUGCUUCGCUUUACAUUAUGAUGACUCUAACCAACUGGUAUAGCCCUGAUCCUGCUUCUGAGGCAAUGACCAGUAAGUGGCCAUCUGUCUGGGUGAAGAUAUCUUCCAGCUGGAUUGGCAUUGUCCUCUAUGUGUGGACUCUGGUGGCUCCGCUAGUUUUAACAAACCGUGACUUUGACUAAGCCAAGCAUCUCAUCUGAAAGAAGUUGUUUUGGUUGCUUACUUGAAGCUAACAGUAUUCCUUACAAAGAUGUAAUUGUAAAUAUGUGUGUGUUGUGUACUGUCAGUGCAUUUUACCUUGUCUUAUUCUGCACGGUUACUUUUAAAUCAUGUUAACUGUUUCCUAGCCAAGCGCACUGAUGAUUGCUACUAGAUUUGUGGCCAAGCUAAAUGCGAUGAUGGCUGUUCUGGGUGUUUCUUUUGUGUAAAAAAGAUGGGGACUGUUGGGUGGAGUUAUGUUUCCCUGUGCCCCCUUCUUGUGGGGAGCGAAUUGGAAGUCUGUAGCAGAAGGGGAGAAUUGCCAAAAAUCUCCCUGCCUCCUUGGCAGUCAGAAAAGCCAUUCUAUUGGAAGAGCUGCUGUGGUCAUGUAACAGCACCCAGGAUCUCAGGCACUGUUUUAAAAGCGAGCACAGCAGCCUUGCUUGCUUGCAGCUGAUUUCCCUGCAGACACUUCACUAGGUGCUUCUCUUCCAAUUGGGCUUCAGUACUCAAAGUGACACUGGCAGGAAGAAAGAAGGGCUGGAAGGAUGUAAACCAUGGGAGGGAGGGCUGAUGGCUUGGUUCACCUCACCUGCACACCCCUUUUGCUUUGAAAAUGGGAUUCCCCCACCUUGUUAUUGUGGGAGAUUGAGGCAGUUCUGAGUUUAAUACAUGAAAUGGCCAUUGUCACAUCUAGUUAGGAUUUGACUUCGAGAAAUACUGUCAGCGGAAAUUAGGAGGGUUCUUUUUUCACGAACCUCUUCUAUUUCUGUGAAAAGACAUUUUAGUUUUGCCAAAGUUUGGUGAUGGGGAAGGCUUGGCAAUUUAACAUGGUUCAAAAAUGUUCUCACUUUGAAUUUGCACCUGCAAUACAUUGCUUCCAUGUACAGUACAAUCCUCCCCUUCUCUUGCAGGACUAGGAUCCACAUAUUGCAAGGAAGAAUCUUUCCUUUUAAUGUUCUGAAGCAUCCAAUUUAAGGAAAGCAAUCUGUGGGGCAUUGCAGAGUUUCUUGGCUUGCAAUGAAGGGCAGAAUUUUUUUUACAGAUUUUGCACUCCACAAAAUGUCAACAUGCUUUGAAAAAUUAACCCCAUAGAAAUUUGGCUCAACUUUGCUAUUCUUGUGCUGAGUGACAUUAUUUUUUUCAAAUGAAAAGUAAUUGUUAAUGUGUAAAAGUAGGCCAAGCUUGAAAGCCAGGUAUUUGCUGCUAUAAUUAAAUGGUGAACCGCAAAGUGUGUUGGAAUAUUAUAAGAAAGCUAGGGCUGCCUUUGACAAUCCUUUUGGCCUUCUUUGAUUUGCAAGGUAAUUUCAGUGCAGUUCACAUAUUCAUAUUUGAUCCUGCCUUUGCUUUGCUUCCACAACCUUGCAAGUGUGAUGUGUGCACUGAAAAGGUAAAGAAGUUAAGACUAUGAGCGAGAAAGAAAGGCUUGAUGACUGCCAGGCUUUGAGGCUGUUGGUUACUUGAGAGAGCCUGUGUUUAGUCUGAUGCUUGGAAGUGAAUAGAUGACUCAUCUUUAGUUUACAUCUGAUUUGUGAAUGCUGGAAGCCUGAGCUUCCUCAGUGAACUGGAUGCAGACUGGCAUGAGAAUAAGAAUGUCCAAUCUAAUAAUGAGCCUUUGCUAAAAGAAAAGAGGAAGCAGUGGACUGUUCUUUGGUCUGGAAGGAUCCAGCUGCUAUUUUCAUGAAAUUUGGGGUUUAAAAAUUUAACUGAAAAAAGGGCAUUUUCACUGGGAGUUUGCUGUUACAGGCAAAGCUGAAUUGCACAGGACCUUGCAUUCUGUUGAUGGUGCUGACUUCAGUGCCUCAGUACAGGACUGGUCUUGAGAGAGAUGGAGAGAUAGUUAAAUGUUUUAAGGUUGUACUUCAGAUUUUAAUGACACACGAGAUUUCUAGAUGUGGGAAAUAAAUGCCAUGUUACGGUUUAAGAAAAUGAAGUGUCUUGCGGUGUACUAUUAGACCUAUUAAAAUGCAUGCUUUUUUCAUUUUUGCAUCAUUUUGAUAGAAUGCAUUUAAAAAAACUUUUAUCAGUGUUUGAACAUUCUUAGCACAAGUGAUAAUUGCAGAAAUGGGGGCCUCAAAUAAGUUAAUGCCCCUCCAGUAGUUUAAUUGUAGUGGCAUCCUAUUGUUUGCAGUAGAACACAGCAAGAAAAUAAAGUGCUGGUGUCAGAAUUCGAUUUUAGGGUGUUUUGAGGGGCUUUUUUUGCAAAUACAUUAAUAGAUGCUUUUUUAUGCUAUUCUUUCUAAACUGUGCUACUUUAGGGGUGUUGUGUAGCUUAAUUUGCAGCUAUGCUUCUUUUUUCAGAAAUACUUUACUGGAUAAGCUCACAUGAUCUGUAUUAGUUGCAUUUAAAGGAAUUGCAUUCUGUUGCUCUUUUCCACAGAGAUGCUACUGGUGGUUCUGCUGCUUGCCUACUAUUGCUGGCAGUGGGCACACGGAUUUACAUUUGGGAAAUCUUGUGUCUGCAAAUACACUACUGGAUCUGUUUUGCAUAAUUUAGUGUACGUGGAAAAUUUAAAUGUUAUGCUUUAACUGGAAAUACAGUGAUAGCUUAUUCCACUUUACAGCUGUCCAGUUGGAAGUGAACUGUAUUUCGGUUUCUGCAGCAUUCCUUAUAACUGCUGUGCACUUAUUGCUUAUUAAAUUCAAUUAAGUUUAUUCAAAACAAUUGUAACGUAGACUGACACACAGAUGGUUCAACACAAAAAUGCAGAUUGAAGGUAGAUUUAAUAUUAAAUGUGUAGUCAUUUUGAAUGUGAAUGUAUGCUGUAGCAAUCAAUAAAUGUCCAGAUAAGUUA